AUGAAUUUGUUUUUCAGGUUUUCUACAUUCUGGGAAUACAUCCUUAAUCUUUCCAAGGACAAAUUAACAAAUGAAAUCAUCCUUCAGAUUUUAGAAAUCAUCAACAAGGUUUGUUCUGUUGUACCAAUGUCACCUACUGUCAUUGCAAUAGUUCAAGGAUUCCAGCAGAGCAUGUUGUUCAGAUCGGUGCUUCCCAAUUUCAUCAAUGAAUUGACUGUUGAGGAUGUAAAAAGUCAUAUCAGGUAAUUGUAGUUGUGAAUGUAAUAGAUAAUGUAAGUUCUCAGGUUAACACUGUAUUUAACUAUUAGGGUUAGCUUAACCUGAUUCUUAAGCCGGUGACAUACACCUAAACAAGAAUUUGUUGAUCAAGUGUAACAUGCCUUCUUGAAUCAUGUUUAAAUACGCCAUUCGACAUAUUUAACAAAAAUGUUCAACAAAUUCCAGCACACAGACAACUGGCACCCCAAACACAAAGGGGAACCUACAAAAUACAGUUCUUUAUACUUUAUCUAACAGCUAAUGUUAACCGGAUGUAGUUUGUGAACUCGGUUUGGUAAGAGUGCUGUUAAAUACCUUACUGACAGAGGCUAAUAGGAUAACGACAAUGACUGUGCGAUAACUGUUGUCACUUCGGCUUUAGGCUAAGCUAGGCUAGCAUGUUGCCAUGGAUGAAAAUGUGUCCAAUGUGUUAACAUUACAAUAAUUUCUUGCCUUUUCGAAAGAGAGUGCCGUUACGAAAUUGCGGGCUUUUCCCUCUGUGCUGUGGACGAGAACUGUACUAGACUGAAGCGGCAUGACUUGUUAUAAACUUGGAGGGCUGACACAAAUGCUUUUAACUGCUCUGUUAGAUGGAAUUGGGGUGGAAGUCACCCAACUCCGGACCAAAUACUAGAACUGUAUUCCUGGCAAUCUCCCAAACCAGUUAUCAGCCCCCUGAUUCAAGGCAUCCACUGUUUUAGUAGUAGCAAAAGAGGAGUAGACAUAAGCGCAUGUUGACCAACAACGCCCUCUUGAGAGACGUUGGAAAUUAUAAAAAAAAUAAGCCAGUUAUAAUUCUCACUGUUAUACAGGAUGUCAGGCAAUGGUCAUGGUGUUUACUAUUCUUCUGUGUAUUUUUUUGUUUAUAUAUCACAGCAUACUUCAGAAGAUUCUGGAGCAUGUUAUCACCGCUGUCCCUGCAUCUGGUCUGCAAGUAUCGCAAAUGGCAACAGAUCUUGCUCAUAAUCUAGUUAUGGACUCUAAUGAGCUUGAAGCAAAGAAGAGCGGACACUCAGCCAUAGAGUUCCUUUCAAAACUGUGUUCAAUCAUUGCAUCAAAGGUACUUAGGUCUAUCCCGUGAGUUAUUUGAUGAAAUUUCGCUCGUGUUAAAUUGUGUGAAGGUAUGUUAUGCGUAGUUGUUCAGACGCUAAAACAUUUUAUUGGGUGAUUUUUACCUUGUGUUGAAAAAUAAUACUAAUUCAAAUAAAAAGUAUGUCGUUUGAGCAUUUUAGUUUAUUUUGAGCCAGGCGUAAAACGUUUCUUCUCUGCUUGAUUGAUUAGGCCUUAUAUAGAUGCUUGUAUUUCCUUAUUUUUUAGGAAGAUGGUCUACAAGUUUAUCAAGUAUGCCCUCCAGCGGGAACGUUUUACAUGCAGCCAUUAGUUCAGGUAAAAUCGUCGUAGUAAUAAAGUUUGUCAGUUCUGUACUGUCGUAAAUAAGUAACAUACCCAGCAUAUCCACGGCUGAUACUAUUUAAUUUUUAUUAUUUACUCCAUGAGGACAUAGGAUAACGAUCGAGUUACGAGUCUGAGUUGAGUUCACUUGCGAUCAGGUUUUUUUAUAUAGAUGCUUGUAUUUUCUUAUUUUUUAGGAAGAUGGUCUACAAGUUUAUCAAGUAUGCCCUCCAGCGGGAACAUUUUACAUGCAGCCAUUAGUUCAGGUAAAAUCGUCGUAGUAAUAAAGUUUGUCAGUUCUGUACUGUAGUAAAUAAGUAACAUAGCUUGCAUAUCCAUGGCCGAUACUAUUUAAUUUUUAUUAUUUAUUCCAUGAGGACAUAGGAUAACGAUCGAGUUACGAGUCUGAGUUGAGUUAACUUGCGAUCAGGUUUUUUCGUCUGAUCGCAGGUUAGGGUUGCGUUUGAGCUGUGAUGAGUUAGGUUUGAGUUACCGUUUUGGGCGUUAUUUUUAAACUCUGUGAAUGCAAAUGAUGGCAAAUAUCAUCGGGCGUUACAAAUAUCAAGUGCGUAAAUUCAAUUAUUUUUAUAUCUUACAAAAGGGAAAGGGUAUACACAGCCUUUCCCCAUCUUUGCUUUCAUCAAAAAAUCCCGCCGAUAAUCUUUGCCAUCAUUUGCAUUCACAGAGUUUAAAAGUUAGAAAAACUAGAUUAAAAGAUAAAAGUGAAAAAGUCUUCAGCGAGCUCCGUUCUACAGUUAGUAACGUUUUUAUAGAAGUACAGCUGGCCUGAUUUUGCGCCUUAGGGUGUAGGGGCAGGUAUCGUCUAGGCGCAGUGUUGGUAGAGGAGGAUGAAGAGUGUGUUAAGUCCUUCAUUUUGCACAUAUACUCCUCACAUAUCUUAUCUCUCCUGCACGCUGGGGUUUCCACCCGUGCUAACUCGAGGGCAUCUGAGUAGCCAUCAGCACACGGAAAAAUUAUUUUAAGUGCCCUUUUUUGGAUUCAAUUUUGAAUCCAUACAGAAUUUAUUGGAUGCAGGAUAAAGGGUCACAAUUGUUUACUAGUUAUCUAACAGCAGGGCAACAAUUCGUGUUCUUUAAAAGUGUAAUAUCCCCGCCCCAGAAUGUCGUGAUUAGAGGGGGAGUUCGCAGGGAAGCAUUUUAGGCCCUCUCUAUUUAUCCUUUAUGUGAAUGAUAUGCAAAGUGUUCUCCAAAGAGCCUCCACCUUUAUGUACGCCGACGAUUCAGUUGUUUUUACAUCCGGUCCAACUACAUUGAAGAUUUGCUCAAUUAUGAAUUUGAAAACGUCCUCUGGUGGCUUCAAUCCAACAAGAUGAUAAUUCCCGGCCAAACCAGUAUGUAUGCUUUUUGGAACUCACCAAAGGUUAGCUCGAGCCCCAAGUUCAACCAUCAGGAUUGGAAAUAAGACAGUAAAGUAAGUAUCCACGAACAAGUACCUGGGCGUUCACCUCGACAGUGGUCUAACUUUAGAGGAACAUGUCAAUAAGAUGGCAAAGUAGUUCUCAUAGCAGCUGGGUGCACUCGGCAGGGUAAGACCCCACCUAACAUCAUCUGUAUCUAAUACCAUCUAUAAAGCCUUUAUUUUCCCAAUCUUGGAUUAUUGGGAUAUAUGCUGGAGCAGUGUGGGAUCUACCCUGGCGGAGCAACUUGAGGCUUCAAACGAGUGCUGCUAGGGUUGUGCUAAGAGAAGGAUCAAGCAAUGACCCCGUGUCACAGCUUGGCUGGACUAAACUACUUUGUUGGUGGUAACUACAUCUGUGCACCUUCAUUUUCAAGUGUUUGAGGGAACUUGCACAUAUAGAACUUUCAUCUCUUGCACAGCGAGUCAGCCAUAAUUAUAAAACGAGGAGCUCUGAAUUGAACUUAAUUUUGUACUUCCGGCUGUGCGAACUGAAUUUAGAAAAAGAUCAAUAAUGUUCCAGGGAGCAAGGUCCUAAAAUGAGCUCCCGGACUCAGCAAAGCAGUGCAAAUCUUUACCUCAAUUCAACAAGAUGCUGAGGACUUGAACUUUGCGCUAUCACUAUCUCUAGAUCUCCGAAAAAGAGCAUCUGAAGUCGGAUUGCGAUGGCUCACGUUAUUCUUUAUUGUUUUUCCUGGACACUUUUCAGAGACAGUUACGGAAAAUAUAUGGGCGUCAGAUUCAUCUUCAGCAUCUGCGAGGCCGCGCUGGUGUUUUUUUGUGGCCGAUAGAGAACCAGGCUGACUUCCGGUUCAGUUCAUAGUACUGGACUCCUUUAGAAGAUUUUCGUAGGGAAAGCAUUGUCGGCUUUAGCUGCCGUUGAUUUUCACGUCCCCUUCUUCGUACAAAAAAGAGGCCGAGGUACAGCCAGGCCGUACUCUGUAGUUGUGCGGGGCUCAAGUUGUCGGCCGGUCCGAGUUCGCCGCUGUCGAAGAGUUUCUUCAUCUGCUCUUUUAAAAUUGUUUUAUUGUGAACGACGCCGGCAAUUUUUCCCGUCUUUCUUUCUUUCACGAACGCCGGCGUCUAACACUUCAUUUGCUUGUGUAACAGCGGGAUCAGCGAUUAUGCAGAAGGGCAUAUUUUGCGGUGGAGAGCGGAGAAAGCGGUCAAUGGCGUCUCUUAUAGAUUUCAUGGAGGUACCUUUGUAAAAAUUACUUCUUUCUGGUAGACUAAGCCCUUCAAACACGCAUUUAGCUCUUCUUUGCACAUUUCUUCUAAUGGUUUUGAAAACUAAUUACUCCCCCAAGGACUUGCAAGCCAUUCUGAACCAGGACCUGGUUGCUGUUGUUGAUGUUACAUCAGUACUUAAGGUCUUGACGCAUAGAAGAAUUAUAACUUCAGUUGUAAGGAAACUUCGGAGAUACUUACCAUUAAAUAAUUUCAAACGAAAAAGUUUGUUUGUUCCGUUCAAUUUCAGUCAUGUUUGUUUAGUUAAGGUAUCAUCCACCCUCAAGCACCCUCCCCGCGUUGAUCGGCGCUAGCGCUUUUGCUUUUAAUAAAUACCCCCAUAAACCGUACAUUUUCUGAAAGCUUAAUAGUUCCAGAUUAUUGCUUAUUCCUUUUAAAAAAUCAAAAUAUUAAUGCGAUUCAGAAAUGAAAAGCUUUUUGUGGAAGUGGGUGUCACUGUAAAUUUAAGUCGAGGCCAGCCAAAACUAAACGGAAGAAGCCAAUUAAGAUUGCAUUCGCUUCUUAACACGUUUGACUUAAAAACCGUGUGUCAGAUUUUUGUCAAGUGAGUUUGUUCUUUUGUUAUAAGCAGUUGAAGUUAGGGAUAACAAAUCAUCAGCACUACCUUUGAAAAAAUACUCUUACUCGAAAACGAAAAAAGGAAUCAAAAAUUCGCAGACACGGUUUUUUUAGAAAAACUAUCUGACGGUAAGUUGGCCAAAUUUCAGUCAAAUUGGUUUGGAGUUUAAAACGUACCCUCAACUUGCCCUGAUUUUCAUUUCGAGAAAACAGGGGGGGAAGUUGCCUACGUCACAGACACUUUAAACCUUCUGUAUAGAGCGCCUGCGAAUUAGUGCACAAGAUCGUGUUCGAAUCCCGUAGAAUGGCAAGGGCAUAUGUCGCCGUUUUUGAUUGGCUAGUUUCUCAAAGCAUUUUUUUUGUUCAGAAGACGGCUUUAAAGUUCGCACUGCUCUUUUAUUGUUUACUGUAAACGAUCCUUGCCAAAUCCCUUCUGUGAAUCUUGACAUGUCACUGCGCCCAACCGUCACUCACAAAAAACUAAAAUUAGGCCAAUCGUGAGGCUCAUAAGAAACCCGCCUAUCAGAAACGCUCACAUAUAUCCUUGCGACUCUGCAGGAUAUUAGAACGAGCUUUUGUGCACUAAUUCGCAGAAGGACUAUACAAAUGGCUUAGACGAGUGCGUGGGCCGGCUGCAACGCAGGCUAGGGAAAAAGAUUUUUGACGGCGUAUUACCCGUGACGAGAUUAUAACAGAUUAUAACACCAAAGCUGUCAACGUUGAUUCAUACCAGAAAAGGGACAACAAUAGUGACACAGCAGGAAAAGGUUACAAACGAAACCUGACAACAGAUGAACAAUUUAUUUCAAAGGCUCUGAUCUGUUCGAUCCUUCUGUUGUCGAUAAAGCAUCUUUAGUUAUUUGCGACGGGCAGUUUUCAUUUUGAGCCAAGCCAACUUUUACUCGAUACAUUUUCUAAAAGUUCGACAAUUCCCUGGAAAAAUCGACAACAAACCGCUUCCUGGAGUUUUUCUUGAAGCUGCUCUCCCUCUACAAUAGACUUUCAAAAAAAGUCCUUCGUCCAAUUAACUAUAUUGCGCGGGACCUGUCGCGAAUUUGUGGCUCGCUUGGCUGCUUCGAGGCCUAAAAAGCUCGCUCCGCUCGCUAAGAAACUCGUGAACCUCGAUUUCGCGGUAGUUUCAAUGAUUUUUUCAGAAGGUUUGUCAUCAUUUAGCCAUUUUUCUUGAUUGUAGUAGGUGCCCUUUUUGCUCUCUGCUAAUUUCGAAUCCCACACUUCGUAAGACGAUUUUGUCGUCUUCUUUCGUCUUGGAGUCAAGGACGAAAACGGACAAGCUCUUUUUUUUUUUUUUGGAGGCAUUCACUUCCAAAAUCCAGGGAAAACCAGUGAGCACUAUACUUGUCGACCACGAUUUCUGUCAAAUCGCGUGAUUAGCUUGGUUCAAAAGCGGCAUGCGUAUCAAGUAUGACGGGACUUGUCAACGAUCAAUUUAAAUAAUUAGCAUAGAAAAAAAGUUUGUGCCCCAUAAGUCUGCACAGAAAAAAAAAAUUUUCUGGAAUUUUUUUAAAAGAAAGCUCUUGAUGAGCUCCACUUAAACAUCAGUACAAUAGUUAUGAGGUCCACUUAAACAUUUAAAAAUGGAAAAUUUCGAAAAAUAAUGAUUUUUUUACCCUGGAUGAUACCUUAACUCAGGUCUAAACAGUUAGGGGGCUGCCAAGCUCUGCAUAACGUAAGCGGAUAUUGUCUAGAAACUAGGCUGCUAGGCAAUAUACCAUCGAAUCGAUAGUAUAUUGCUCGUAUCCUCCAAAUAUGGUAAGCCACAGCAAGUUAUUUGGAAUUAGCCUGUGGGGGAUUGGAGCCAACCGGAAACAGCGAAAUAUUUAUCUGACUUUGUGUGUUGAAUUUCCACCAAAAGUGUAUUAUCUUCCUGGCCCAGCUUAUUCAAAUGUUGGAUAGCAGUAUCGACCGCAAAAAUCACUAUCCAGUAAAUAAUUUCUAGAGAAACCAAUUUCGUUAUCCACUGGAUAGAGAUAGUACAUAACGUUAUCCACCUUCUCAUGAACGACUGGGAUCAGAUCUCUAGUCAUGACACCACUUAGGCUGUUCCAGGCUCCGAGAUAGUGGUGGAAAGUCGUUCAGAAAAAAGAAAUGCGAAAAAUGUGCGGGGGCUGGGGAGAGACAGGGCGGCGGAGCCUGUACGCAUUUUUUUAAUGGCCUGUUCCGGUAUAUCAGCUUCUGAUAUACCCUCUGAUUGGUCAAUUGUGACAGUUAACAUCAUCACCUAGUAGCGUGGUCACCAGUUUGUCAUCAUCAAGAUGGCUAACGCGAAUCACGCGUGUGAUCUUCAUGAAUCCGCUUUGUCUUGUGCUUUAGACGAGUGUCUGCGACUUGGCUCGCGGUAGAGAUGUUUUCGGUAUUAUGCCCACCGGUUUCGGCAAAAGUUUAAUCUUUCAGCUAUUUCCACGCUUGGCUAAAGCUGCUCUUACUUUAGAAAACUCUGCGAUAAUAGUCGUUUGGUCGCUGAUAUCUAUAAUGCGAGACCAAGUGGAACAACUGCAAAAGCUUGGACUUUCGGCCGCAGCUAUUUGGCAUCGGUUAAGAGGGAGAGGAGGACGAGAGGAAAGCCAGAGAAGGAAAGUGCGAAAUUGUUUACGGUAAUCCCAAGUCUUGGUUGAUCACAAAGUGGCAAUAACAAAACAGCCCAAAGACUGUUAACCUUAUUCCGCUAUUACCAAGGGAGAAACUACGCGCCCCAGUCAAAAGACUCACACUAUUUUAAGAGAAACACUAUUAAGCUGGAGUUUACUGAGUCACAAUGCAAUUCUCCUUAGUUGAUGUACCUUAAGUUUAAGCUGCACUUCAUAUAUAAUUCUGGAUCUGUAAAUCACUAUCCGUCAUAAUUUAACAUUCUGCAAAGUAAACUAACGAGCUGUACCCUGGGUGCCAGAGACUUUUCUAGCGCGGUUUCCGGUAAACCCUUAUUCAGUCGCAAUAAAAAGCUUUACGCUUGAAAUUAGAGGUCAAAGAAAAUGCUCUCUCAUCAGAGGGCAAAUCCUGCCGACCAGAAACAAACGCCACAGUAAAUCGAUAUGUGUGCCAUGACCUCUCAGUGUGAAACAAGCGGCUAAAGUCACAUUUGCUCAGUGACAAUGUAGAACCUUCCAGAGCAUAACCUACCCAACAGAGGAAAAAACUUACAGCCCCCUUUUAUUGCUAUAAACCACAGCCAAAGAAACGGAUGCUCUCACAGGAUAACGAAUUCGAAGACAUAAAUUUCCACACAUCGCACAAGGAGUUCGCGUCGCGUGCAAUGCUUACGCGAGAAACUUGAGAAUGAUUGUAGCUAACUGAAGUGUUAACAGUUUUGACAGCCGAAUCCAGACGUGACAAAAAUGGGCGGAAGAGGGUCGUAAAAGAAAUGCUAACAGGCUCUCUCUCCCAUUUUUCCCGCCCCCACCGCCCCCUUUCCCAAGUCGUGCGCGUCUUAUUUUCGCUUAGCCUGUUCCAGGCUCCGAGAUAGUGGUGAAAAGUCAUUCAGUAAAAAGGAAUGCGAAAAACGCACGGGAGCUGGGGAGAGACCGCCCCCUUUCCCAAGUCGCGUGCGUCUUAUUUUCGCUUUGCUCGUUUUAAUACCACCGCACUAAAAUAUCUGAGAGCCUGGAACUGGCUAGACACCACUGGACGGGCGCACAUACUUGUUGGGUUUUGUUCAAGAAUACCCCGCGGGGAAUAUGGUGACAGAGAGUCCAAGUAUGAACUAAAAUGUAGGAGUCUUUUAAGUUACUUAAUCCCGAAUAAGAACCUGAAUGCGUAGCGAUGUUUAAGUGCAUUGAGCGUUUUAGCCCAGACCGAUAGAGUUUUGUUUUGCUCAAUAAGCUUUCAUGACUCGUCCUUUCCAGCCAGGCCAGCCUGUAUUCUUCAUGCAACAAAUGCGACCUCUCUGGCAGCCUAUGCAGCAGCUGCAGCAGAUGAGACCUUCAGCAAUGCAAGUUUCAGGGGAUGGGCAGAUUCCACGUGCAAAAGGCAUCCAUCAGGUGCCUCCCAGACAAAUGCCUGGUCAGCAGGAGCAACUGCCACAUAGACCAUCGUACAAGUCUCGGCAGCCACAGCCACAUCCAAGUACAGCGCCAAUGCAGCAACAAGAACGUUUUGAACCGCCCAUUUGCAUACCAGUAAGUUAAAAAAAAUGUUGACAUCAUUCAGCCAAAUUCAGCCUUCACUUACUCUCCGACAAAUAAUUGAAUGAAAUAUAAAAAUAAACUCUUAAAGCAGUGGAGGAACAUAUAAAUAACACAGCAAAUACUAAACAAAACUGCAUGAGUGGAAACACAGUACUUUUGAGGGAAUUUGUUAUUUUUCGGUUCCACUGUAUUUCAAAAGUUUGGAAUCUUCUAUAAUACAAGAACCAUUGAUUUUACGACUUUGUUGGAUGUUAAUUCUCAGUAAAGGUAUCUACAAGGUGUUUCAAAAGUUCGUUCCGAUUGUAAAUUGUAUUUUGCCCAAAGCAUUUGAUGCUUCUUCAGGCAAAUGUAAACUGAUUCAGGUAAGAAAUUUAUCUAAAUAACCGUUCAAAGCAAUUUCAAACUAAAAUUUGACGAAAUUAUGCAAAUUCUAAUGGUUUCGGUAGUUUUACUCAUGUUCAAGUAAAAAGUCGAUCUUGAUCUUGGAACCGAAAUUCGACAAUCCUGGAUGGUCUCUAUAAGUUACCAAAAAACGUUGGAAAGCCUUGAAGAGAAAAAGGCGGUGCACACUUCAUGCAAGCAUGUGUCAGACGGAUUUGCCAACUUUAUACCAAAGGAGGACCGGCCGGCAAACUCACAUGAUGUGAACCCCCUAGAGACCAUCUGGAUUAUCGCAGACGAGACAACACUCAAAGAUCCAGCCCCCAAAACACUGGACGAGCUAAGACAAUGAGUACGCUUCGCCUCGAAGAAUGUGACUUUGGACACGCUUUGGGAGCUUGUACAUUCUAUAUCUCACCGCUUAGAAAAUGUCAGAAAAAAAUACAAGAAGACAUUCUGGUUACUAAUAUUUUAGUUAUUCAAUGUUAAAUUAAUAAUGAAUAACAUGCUAAGUUUUAUUUUUUUUAAUAAUUAGUAAAAUUUAAGCGCACAAAAAAUCGGAACGAACUUUUGAAACACCCUGUAAUUGUGAAGCUUUCAGUCUGUACAUUUUAGGGUCCUUCAAAAAAGUAUUUCUCAUUUCCUUUGUUUUGAUCUUGUAUUGUUUUGCGAAAAUUGGUAACGCAUUUUUUUUUAUAUCUGCAUGUCUUUAAUGAAGGGACAAAAGCCACUCUACCGAAGUGUACUUGCUUCAGUCUCCCGUUCAGAGCAGAAACAAAUGCUAGGUGAGCGUCUGUUCUCCUUGAUUCAAGCCACCCACCCUGAUCAGGCUGGGAAGAUAACCGGUAUGCUGCUGGAGAUUGACAAUACUGAGCUGCUGCACAUGCUGGAAUGCCGUGAGGCCCUGUAUGCCAAAACUCAGGAAGCUGUGUCUGUUCUCAAGGCUCACAAUGCCAAAGUCAGAAUGGAGAAAGUUCAAUUUAAGUAUGGUGUGUAA